GGGCGGGCGGGCGAGCGGCCGAGCCCUUUCCGGAAGGGUGUCACCGGGGCAGUCUGCUCCAGAGUGACGAGCAACAGACACCUGUGGGCCGUGACUCACUGUGGCCUUUGCUUCCCCCGAAGAAGGCAGCAGCAUGGCCAGCGUGCUGUCUCGCCGGCUGGGUAAGCGCUCCCUCCUGGGGGCCCGGGUGCUGGGACCCGGUGCUUCGGACGGGCCAGUGGGGACUGGAGCACCCUUGGAGCCGCCGUUGGAGCUGCCAGAGGGGGCCACUCCACGGCCCACCCUCGCCCCUAAGGACCCUGCAUGCCAAGAACAGCCCAAGGAGGCCCGCAAGGCUCUGGGCACCCCGGGCCUCCAGCAGGUGGCCUUUCAGCCUGGACAGAAGGUGUGUGUGUGGCAUGGCGGCCAGGAGCGCUUGGGGCUGGUGGAGCGGCACCGCUGGGCGGAGGACGAGGUGACGGUCUGGCUGCUGGACCAGAAGCUGCAGGUGUGCUGCAAGGCAGAGGAAGUGUGGCUGGCGGAGCGGCAGGGCGCCCCUGCGCCUCAGGGGCCUCCCCAGGAGCAUGGGGCCCGGGGCCCGGCCUACAGACCCGUCUCUAGGAACAUUGACGUCCCCAAGAGGAAGUCAGAUGCAGUAGAGAUGGACGAGAUGAUGGCGGCCAUGGUGCUGACGUCCCUGUCCUGCAGUCCAGUUGUCCAGAGUCCCCCCAGAGCAGAGACCAACUUCUCUGCGUCAUCCCGUGCGGCCUGUGGGGACCCGUGGAAGGAGAGCGGCGACGUGUCUGACAGCGGCAGCAGCACCACCAGCGGGCACUGGAGCGGGAGCAGCGGCGUCUCCACCCCCUCCCCGCCCCACCCGCAGGCCAGCCCCAAGUACCUGGGGGACGCCUUCGGUUCUCCCCAGACCGAUCAUGGCUUUGAGACCGACCCUGACCCUUUCCUGCUGGAUGAACCAGCUCCACGGAAGAGGAAGAACUCAGUGAAGGUCAUGUACAAGUGCCUGUGGCCCAACUGUGGCAAAGUUCUGCGCUCCAUUGUCGGCAUCAAGCGGCACGUCAAAGCUCUUCACUUGGGGGACACCGUGGACUCGGACCAGUUCAAGCGGGAGGAGGAUUUCUACUACACGGAGGUGCAGAUGAAGGAAGAGUCUGCCGUGGCCGCGCCCGGCCCCUCUGCCCCUGGGACUCCCUCUGCCGAGCCAGUGCCCGCCCCCCGGGUGACCAGCCCCUCGCUUGCUGCUCUUCCACUGCCUCCGCCCAAAGCUUCGUACCCUAGACCCGAACCAUCCGGCCUGGAGCCUCCCCUGCCCUCGGGUGCACUCAGCACGUCAGCCCCUGGCUCCUUCUGGCACAUUCAGGCUGACCAUGCCUAUCAGGCUCUGCCCUCCCUCCAGAUCCCCGUCUCCCCUCAUAUCUACACCAGCAUCAGCUGGGCUGCUGCCCCUGCCACCACCCCUCUCUCACCGGUCCGGAGCCGGUCGCUCAGCUUCAGCGAGCCUCCCCUGCCUGCGCCUGCGGUCAAGUCGCACCUGGUUGUCACCUCUCCACCCCGGGCCCCGAGCAGCACCAGGAAGGCCCGCGGUGAGGCCAAGAAGUGCCGCAAGGUGUACGGCAUCGAGCACCGGGACCAGUGGUGCACGGCCUGCCGCUGGAAGAAGGCGUGCCAGCGCUUCCUGGACUGACGUGCCACGGCCGCGCUCCUGCCCGCCGCCAGCCGGCAGCCCCGCCGCAGACGCCGGAGCAGCCGAGACACGGAGCGCGCGCGCCGCUGCGGUGUAACACUUAAAACACUUUCUCCCCGCCGUGGGAAUGUUUUAUUUUUUAAAAAGAUGCGAAAAUAUUUUUCUUUCCCUUAAAAUAGGAGAGAGCCAAAACUGCCAAGGUAUUCUGCAGCGACCAGAGACCAAAGAAUUCCUCCCCCUCCUCUUGCUCCCGGCCUCGGGGCACGCGGCUGUCCCCACCGGGAAGGAAAGGUCGGCUCCGUGUGCGUGGCGCAACCCUUUUCUCCAAAAGGGACUGUGAAUGAGACGAGUUUCCUUCUCCUGAAAAAAAAUGAAAUGAAGAUGUUUGUGGCAACCCGGAGAGCAGGCCCGUGGGUGUGGCGCGCGGGUCAGCUCCGCGGCUGUGUGUGGGGGCAGGACCCUUGCAAGGUGACAGCUUUGGGAUCGGGUACCCCCAAUGUCGGGCCACAUCCCAGCCGAUGCACGGCUGCUUCUCAGAGCCCAGGACGAAUAGGUUUUUAAAAGACUGGCCCCAGAGCGAAUCUCCUUUUAGAGCGCCGCCGCCGCCACCACGAGGGCCCAGCGUCUGUGCAGACGGCCUUGCCCCGCCCCGGGUUCCUCUCCGCAGUGUGGGGCGCAGUGCUCGCUGUCCUCUGGGGUCCAGGAAGCCUUAGUGGAUUAUGCUCACUUUUCUUGGGUGGCCCUGAGAGGCUCUGGCUGGCUGCCUUGUCUCGGCCUCGCCUGGGAUUGCCCUGAGUUCCUGGCCCAGGCGGGAUGAGAGGGUUAAGAGAGGAAAUCGAGGUGAGGGCGUGUGUAGACUGCAGUGCUGAGGUGGGUCUAGAGCCCACAUGGUUUAGGACAGGCGUGGAGGUCCAGACAAGGCGCUCUUGUUGGGAGGUUAGGGCUGUGCUCACUAAGGUGGCAGGCGUGGUGUAAGCUGAGCCCUGAGGCCGGGCCUGCUGGUGCAGUUUCACGCUUCUCAGCAUGCGUGGUCACAGCGGCCCUGGGUCCCGCUAGUGCGUGGCACCUGCUGUCCUGUGUCCCCCACGAGCCACAGGCUCAGGGCGCCCUGCUAAGCCACGUCUCCUGGGGCCGAGCCGCACAUCCACCGUGGCUUGUGGGGACUCUUCUUUGUCCCAGGGCAGACACCCGCGCCCCGAGGUUCCUUGGUGGCAUCAGUGGGAACAGACAUGUCCUCUUCAACCUGAGACACACUGCGUGUUAAAAAAACCCGUAGACAUUGCGCCAAGGGAGUGAGGGUGGGAAGGGACGGUGGUCUGGACUGGUGAAGGAGGCGCACGCAGUGUGUUGGUGUUGGGUGUGUUCGGUGGGGGGUUUUUGUAACUCGGAAGCAGAUGUUUAUGGAAUUCUGACUCUUGGUGCAGGCCGGCCAGAGGCCUUCAAUGUCGUGGGUCCUUAACAACUGACAGCAGGCCCCUGUCCCUCUGGUGUCCUCACUGUCCACCUUCAGACCUGCCUGCGGUGGGGAAACUGAGGCCCUUCCCUCCCCUUCUCGAUCCCAGCUUGUGCUCACUGUGGUUUGGGCCAAGUAGGUAGAGCUGGGGAGGAAGAAUUUUCCCCACGCGAGACCGGCUUCUGCCGUGUGCAGGGCAGCUUCUGCCGGGGAGCAGGCUGGGCAGGCACGGGAAGCCCUGCGGUGGUGUGGGUUUUUUUCUUUGCUUUCUCUCGCUUCUGUGCAGCUGCCCUGUCUGCAUUUGCUCCCUGGUCCUCCUCAUGCUGGUGGUCUCUCCCGCCGUCCACCUGCUCCUCUGUCUUGCGGCUGUCCUUUGGGUUGUGGACACACGUGGCCUGUCCCUAGGGUUGCUCCAUUGGUUUCUUCUCAGAGACGCCCGUGGCAUCAGGCCCGAUUGCUUUCGUCUGUUUCUGUAUCUCCCCUUCCUGGCGCCGGUGUGUGGGCCCGGCUGGAGGACGGCGCCGGGGUGUGCUCACAGAGCUCAGCUCGGGAAGCUGUUUUUCUCCAGCGCUCCCUGUGUGCAGAAGUCUUGGAAUUGGAACCACGGCCUCAGCCGUGCAGAGUCUGCUGCUCUGAAGAGCACGGCGUCUGAGGAACGGAAGGCUCCCGGCAGAGCCGACUGCGGCGCACACACGGCUGAGAUCCACCCACAGGCUCUCAAGUCCGUUUUGUAACUUCGGACUUGAGCCUCGCGGUGACAGCAAGGCGACAGCUCGGCGACUUAGAGGGUGACAGGAACGCGGUGUGGAGGUGGCUUGUUGGGAGAAAUUUGUCCUGCUACUUUCUGGUCAUCCCAAGUUCUGACUUUACCAGGGAGACAGACAGACAGACAGACACACAGAUACAGACACAGACACACAUGAGAGAGAGAGACAGAGAAUGAGAGAGAGACAGACAGACAGAGCGAGAAGAGGGAGCUAAAUCCCGUUUGUGAAUGUGUCUUACUGGCGCCUCUCCCUUCCCCCUCCCCCGCUGUCUUCCAAGUAUUAUUUUUACUGUUAAAUUUUUUUUAAAAAAUGUGAAAUGUAAUGUUUUUACAGCAACGAUAUGAAAUAUAUUUUAUAAGGAAUAAAAUGGUACAUUGUCUGA